AUGUCCAAGACGCCCAUCAUUCUACGGCUUCUUUGCCUUCUCGAUAUUACUCUGGGACUUUCCACAGAGCCUUCUCUAGCUACCAGGCUCAAUCAGUCGGUAGUGGCAUCUCCGAACCCGGCACGCUACAUUUCUCAACCGUAUCCUAGUCCCACCGAAGUCAAGAAUCAAUCCUAUGGCCAGGUUCCCGGUGUGUACGUGCCGUUGCCCACUCAAGAGCGAGGUGCUUGCAGCAUCACCGACGAAUACUGCUCGUACAACGGCACGGACAGAAACCCAGACGGUUUGAGCGAUCAAUGCAUAUUGUGGGACAAUACUUGCUCGGGAAACCAAACCUUAGCAAUCGACCAAUUUUUCAGUCAGACACAAGAAUUGCUAUACGAAAAUGUCUGUUUCACGAGCGAUGGAGACGACUCUGUGGAGUCUAAUUGCACCCAACACAAUACGCCUGCCAGAUACUCGGAGUUCGCGAGAAUAAAGAGUUGGAUGAGAUCACCGCAAUGCAUUAGUAGCCAGGGUGUGUACCAGAAAGCGCACCCAGCUCCGGAUACGGAGGGCAUGCAGGGUGAGAAACGUGCCGAUAAUAAGCGCGGUAAUAGCACGCAAGGGCGCGUCCAUGGAGGGGGUACUUGCUGCGGCACCUGCAACAUCGAAGCUGGGAAUGUCGACGUAUACUAUUGGCCGGCUUCCAAUGCCAACAUAUCUUGUCUGAGCAUCAUCGGCAACAGCGUCAAUCCCCCUGAUUAUCGUGCCACGACAGAUUCACUCGGGCUCAAGUACUGGGGAUGCACAAAGCCUCUGACAGGUAUUAUAGAUGAGUCAGUACAGACCAUCACCACUGCCUCUGUCAUGUUCACAGGAUCGAUGUCAUGGAAAGCAUACUUGGAGAAUCCAUGGGACUCGCCCUUGUGCCCCACAACGUCUGCAGCAUCCCCGGGCUCAAAUUCAUCUGUUAAUGCACGCGCCUUAGACGGGCAAAUUUACGCACGUGGUCAUUCCUUAGUCACUCCAGCGUCGGUCACCGGCAAGGAUGACCUGCAUAUAACAACCGUGGUGUCUGGAAGCUUCACCUUUACUUCUCCAUCAGUCUAUGCUGCUUUUAGCAACAUAAGUGCAUACGACUCUUGCGGUACGGAGGUCAUCUCAACAACGAUGCUCUCUUUUGCUCCUGGAGAGUUGUCGACCGUGGUUGGACCUCGCUACUUUGGCAAUAUUGCGGCGACGACUUUACCAUUCAAUUUUGCAGACCUCCCCUGUCCGCCUUACAGCGUUGCUUCCGAAAACUACUACAAACCUGAGCCGGGGGAGCCAUAUAGACCUCUGAUCGCUAUACCCAGCCAGGUCAGGGACAUGGUUCCGUGGUUCCAGUACUGUACAGAUUUGUGGUUCACGGGCUUCGAUCCGCCGAGGUCUCUAAUUCCAGCAGCAGCAAUAGCCCCGCCUGUCACUACUAGCGAUCCUGCAGCCCCCACCAUAGCACCGCAGCCGAGUGCGACUCAAGUUCCUGGCGCAAGGCAGACAGCUGCAGUGUGGAACCCAAUACCUCUUCCAUCGCCACUCCAACACGUGCCUCUCCCAAAAGAGACCAAUACAGCGCCGGUGCUCAAGCCCCAAGUGUCCAAAGAGACCAACCCAGUGCCAAUCAUCAACCCACAAGCAUCACAGCCUCAACCUGCAGACGGUGACCUAGGAUCGGAGCAUCAAGAUCCGUCUCAGAAAGGCAGUGGCUCAACAGAACCUAGCGGACAAUCGAGCAUUCAGAAUGAUAGCAGUGGAGAUCCCAAGUUUGCAGGAGAUUCGAACCAAGAUGCAUCAAAAGACCCGUCUUCGCCUGCCCAGAAUCAAGAAGUCAACACUUCUCAAGUUGCUACGAACGCGGCGGCCCAACAUAGCUCUCAGAACGAAAGUCCAGAUCCAGGAGAUUCAACACCUGCCGAGGCUGCCACGCGGGCAGAAACAACAAUAUCGCUUGCUGGUCAUGCUGUGGUGGUGGGCCCCUCUGGUGUUCAUGUCGACGGCGUAAAAGUCAAUCCUAAUCAGGCUCCAACAGACAUAUCUGGAAUGGCGGCUAUGAAUCAAGGAAACAGCAUCGUAGUCGCCAGCCAGAUCUUCCAUUUAGCGGCUUCAACAGAACAAGUUGCCACCAUAAUUGCAGGUCAGACAGUCAUCCCUAUCGCUAACGGCGUGUCAAUCCAUGGUACUUCCAUUACAGGCACAAACACUGCGAUAAUCUCCGGAACAGCGGUAUCUGUUCACGACUCACACCUUUACUUCGGAAGCAAAUCAUAUCCACUUCCAACCGCAAACCCUGCAUCAGCGACGACGUUAGCCAAUGGAGUAGUAGCUCUCCCAAUAUCGAACGCAGUAUCAAUCUAUGGAACUACACUUACCGCUGGCGCACCAGCAGCAACAUUUUCUGGAACUGCCGUCUUCCUUGAUGUUUCGAAUAACCUUGUCUUCGAUGGUACUGGCCAGGCUCUGCCUCAUUUCCCUCAAACAGAAUCCCAGUCGGGCCAGGUCACAACUAUUGAUAGUGUAACCCUUGAGCUGCUCUCAAGUGGUAUCUCUGUUGCCGGCACUACUUUGACACCUGGAGCACCUGCUAUUACUGCUUCCGGCACUGCUACGUUGUCGCCGGGAGUUUCAGGAACGACCGUAGGUGGAACUUUGGUGUCUCUGGGCUCAGGUGGCAAUCUUGUGAUUGGGUCCAAAACAGUGGUACUUGGGGUUCCCAGUGGAAGCUUGGGUGGAAUAAUUAUGGGGGGAUUCGGGUCUGGAGGUCCAUUGGCCAACAGCUCGUCCCCACCAGGGAGCCUACCGUCAGUUCUUAGCAAUACCUCAGGAUUUGCUUGGAGACCGAACCCAAUCAAGAGAGGUUACAUCGCCUUCGGUGACUCCUACGCCGCCGGUAUAGGCACAGGCAACACAUCCACAUGGGGUUGCAGACAGGGUCAAUUCGCCUAUCCAGACUUAAUCGCGUCAACUGUCCAAGACAUCGACUUUCAGAACCUCGCCUGUUCGGGAGCCACAGUCCAGAAUCUUCUCGGCGGAGGAGCAUACAGCCAAGUCGAUGCAUGGACCAACCCAACCAUCGCUGACAUCGCUACUGUCUCCAUUGGCGGCAAUGACAUUGGCUUUUAUAACAUUUUGACGGCAUGUGUACUCUGGGUUGGUGGAAACUGGGCUGGAGACUGCGACACAGAAGUUGCUAGAGCUAAUGAGAUACUUGCCAGCCCGGAUCUCUCCACUAACAUUACGUCCUUAUUGAAAGAAAUCAUUGACAAGAAUGGCAAUGACGCCUUCAAGGUUUAUAUGACAGGCUAUGUGACUUUUUUCAACGAAGCCACACCCCUCUGCGAGAGCUCAUCGUUCAGAAUAUGGAAUCCUCAUUACGACAAUACCCACAAAGAGAAAGGCCAACCAUGGCUAACGACAGCUCUACGGGCACAGCUAAAUGGUGUAGUCGUGGCUUUGAACACGAUACUUAGCCACAUCACCAGCUCUGUUAACGCUUACUAUGGCAAGCCUCAGAGAAUCGUCUUCGUAGAUCCAAAUUCUGCUUAUGCCGGUCAUAGAUGGUGCGAAGAUGGCGUGUACGAGCCAGACAAUGGUAGACUGAAUACCUGGCUCUUCCUUUCUAGUACCCCUGAUAACAGUCUUCCCGACGAUCCACUUGGUGCUUUGGAAUCUUACCAACAAGAGCAGUCGGAGCUGGUUGCCGGACCUGAUUUUCCUCUGCCAGAUCCGACUACGUGCAGAGAAACCUUGACACAAUUCAAUUCACUUGUCGGUAGUGACUGGUAUGAGAACAUGCUGUGCGAUAUUUCCAUCGCUACUUCAAGCGCCUCGUCCUUCGAGUACCAAGUCAUACAAAAAGAAGCCAUGCAGAUUCAACAGGGUAAUCUCACGGAGCUACGAAUUCCGUGGUAUGUACCAACCAGGUUGGCGAAGACUUUCCACCCAAAGACUCUUGGCCAGCUAGCGUUUGCAAAUGAGAUCAUGGCGGUGUGGUGA